AACUACUCUCGCCGCCAACAAACCGGUGAAUAUGCAGGUGCAAAGCGGAGACACAUUUAGAGACGAAAACUGCGAUGGCAACUGCUGGAUUUUCCUUCAACAGCAGCAGUCUCCCGCUUAAAUUUCUACGGAACACCUCCCCCUCCAGCUUCUCCGAAUGCCACCAGGAUCCCAUUCCCCCUAAUUCCCGAAACCCUAGUUCCUGCGUUUUUUUGAUUUUCUGAGCUCUUUUCUCAAGGUGAAUGAGCAAAGGAGUUAGGGAACCAGGGGAAGCACACUACUUGAAUUCUCUUGUUUGCAGUGAUGAAAACCAGGCGGAAGCGUGCCGCCCCAAAGGCCAAGAGUGUGCAGAAGAAGAAAGCUCCUGCUGCUGCUGCAGCUCCUCCAAGCCCAGUCCCUGCCUCUCCAGAAGAUCAUAAUGGCAUAGAGACUCUUGCUGCGGCCACUGAGGCUUUUGCUGCUGCCCCCGCCCCCGAGCAAUUUCUUGCUGCAGCCAGGGCGCCUCUAUACGCUUCUCCACCCCCUCCCACUGCUUCUGGGGCACUUAAUGCCAAUAAGAAGGCAUUCUUGAACCUUGUCGGCCAGAUUGCCCAAGAAAGUCUUCGAAUGGACAAAACUAGUGAUGUCGGCCACCAGGGAGUUCGUUCUGGCCAUCGUUUUAGUUCAUCUCCUUCUUCAUCAUCAAGUGGAGAUGACAACUCUUUCCGUGUUCAUGGUGGUAAUAGGGGCAUGGUGGUGGAGCAGGGGAUUGAGUGGAGGGGUGAUAUGUCACGGAGCCAGCAUGGUCGACCUACAGAAGGUGAGGCCGUGCAGAUUGGUAGCAGUUUACACGUCACAUCAUUGAGCGGAUUGCAUCCUUGGAGCAGUAAAGACAGGAGAUCGAAGAAGUCAUGCCAUGAUCCCCGAUACAAUGACAAAGAACUAAAUAUUUGCUUAGGAGUGAUUAAGAAGAUCAUGUAUAUGGAUGAAGCUGCAUCAUUUAGCGCUCCUGUUGAUCCUGUUCCCUUGGGGGUUCCUAGUCGUGUAGAUAUACCUAUGAAUUUUGGAACAAUAUGUAGCAAUCUUCAGAAUGGUUUCAAGUACCUAAAUUCUGAUGAUGUAUACAAGGAUGUUGAAUGCAUUUGGGCACAUUGUUUGAAGUAUAACAAGAAAGGUGAUUAUAUUGUGUACCUUAUGAAGAGAGUGAAGAAGAAGUUUCUCAAAUACUGGACAUCAGCCGGCCUGCGUACUGAAAUGCAAAAGCCUACUGGCCAACUUGAGUUUUUGACUAGUAACGGUCAAAUGAUGGGUCGAAUCAGUGUCAGCCCAUCAAACUAUGGUCACCAGGAUCAGGUCAAACCAUCAAGCUAUAGUCACCAUGCUCAGGUGCCUCCUUCAAGCUAUAAUCACCAUGUGCGUCCAUCAAGCUAUAGUUACCAGACUCAGGUGCCUCCAUCAAGCUACGACCACCACUCUCAGGUGCCUCCGUCAAUCUACAACCACCACUCUCAGGUGCAUCCGUCAAACUACAGCCACCAGGCUCACAUGCCUCCAUCUAGCUACAGUCAUCCGGCUGAGGUGCCUCCAUCAAGCUACAACCACCAGUCACCAGCUCAGGUGCGGCCAUCAGGCUACAGCCACCAGUCACUAGGCGAGGUGCGUCCAUCUGGCUACAGUCACCAGGCUCAGGGGUCUCCAUCAAGCUUCAACCACGAUGUGCAGGUGAGGCCAUCAAGCUUCCUCCAAAGGACUCCUGUCCCUCCAUCAAGCUAUGAUUACCAGGCUCAGGUGCCUCCAUCAAGCUCCAACUACCAGGUUCGGGUGCCUCCAUCGAGCUACAGCCCUGAGGUUCAGGAGCCUCCAUCAAACUACGACCACCACUCUCAGCUGCAUCCAUCAAGCUACAGUCAACUGGCUCAGGUGCCUCCAUCAAACUACAAGGCUCAGGUGCCUCCAUCAAGCUACAGUCACCAUUCUCAAUUACCUCAACUUCAGCCAACCAUAAAUGAGUCGCCAAAAUUACUAGAGCUGCAACCUAGAAUCAAUGCAGAGGAUGCAGGAUUUUUGGAUGUACCCUCUGCGGAUUCUGUUAGGAAGCGAAAGAAAGAUUCAGCUCGGGCUUCUAUCACGGCUAAGUCAAGCCGUUCUAAGCAUCAGUCAAAAUCAACCCUACAUUAUCAGAGACGUCGCACGAGAAGUCCUAGUCAGCAACAGCCAUCUCCGUCUCUUGUUCAAGAGAACGACGACACACGAUCUCCAGACGGUCUGCUUGCUAGGAGUGAUUUGGGGCAAAAUGGAUUUGUGUCCACAGCUGUAGUUAACCCCAUAGAGACUAGCCAGAGCCAACUUCAACCACAACAACCUCCGGUUGGUCAUAGCCAUGAACAUCGGUCACAGAUACCUGAGGGAAAUAUUGGACAGCCACAAGACUCUGAGUGGUUUGCUUCUGCUUCACAUGCAGGGGAUGUGAAUGGAUUGGAGAGGGACGCGAGACAGAAUGAAGCAUGUUCUAAUAAUUGUCCGACGGAAACUGCAACCCCCUCCUUCCAGCACUCUCCUUCCCCGCAUCAGCAGUAUGAAGACCACAGCAGCCCAGGCAGGCUGGAAGAGGGUGCACCUAGCUCAAAAAAGCGAAAACGAGAUCUGCCCUAUCGUCGUGCUGCAUGGGACACGCCUGAUGGUAGAAAAAUGGUUGUUCCCCUGAAUGAUUUGGGACAAGCAAUAGGCUCUGAAGGAAGAAAACUGGCUUCCUUUCUGGGAACCUUGGCACGGGAUGGUAACUUGGCUCCUGUUACUCUUGUGCACUGGUCCAGAGUGCCAAAGGCCAACAAAGAAACCAUGUGGCUGAUGGUUCAGGCAAAGUUUGAGAUUGAUCCAGUAAUGGGGAAAUCGUGGGUGAUGAAGUCUCUUUCUACAAAAUGGAGGAACUGGAAAGCAAGGUUGAAGGCAGACUAUUACUCGUACAAGACUGAUGAAGAGCGUAUGAGGAAUCUUGACAAGAGAGUGCUUCCCGAUCAAUGGCCAAUUCUCAUAUCCUAUUGGAACAAGGAAGACGUGCAGUUGUAUGCUGCAAGGCAGAAGGCAAAUCGUGCCAAUCUUAAAGGCGGACACACCUCUGGUUCAAAGAGUUAUGCGACCUUAAGGGAGGAAGAGCGUGCGAAAAGGGCUGAUGGGAAGGCCCCUACUAGGGCAGAGUUGUAUGUGCUGACCCAUACACGAAAGGAUGGAAAUCCUGUCAGUGAAAAAGCCGCAGAAGUGAUCGCAAAACUGCAAGAAAAAGCUUCUGAGAAGCAGCAGGAUUCAGAAGCCAGUGAUAGUUCUCGUGACACAUUCCGUGAUGUAAUGGGUGAAGAAAAGAACAGUCAUGUGCGUAUGUGUGGUCUGGGACCUACCCCUAACACUCUAUACGGCCGAAAGUGUGGCCAUAUCCAGUUUGCAAAGAUGGCCAUGGAGGCCAAAAAGCAAGCAGAUGAUGAAGCAAACAAGGUUUAUCAUAAAGUGGAGGUAAUUGAGCAAAAGUACAACUCCAUGGAAGCUCAGAUUGCUAGGAUGAACGCAAACAUGGAGCUUAUGCUCGGGAAGAUGGGUGUACCACCUGUAAUGUCAAUAUCGACACACACAGACCAGGUUGAUCAGCACACAGGUGCUCGGGAGAAUCCACAUCAGCCAGAAAAACCAUCAUCAGCAUCAUUAUCGAGUCAUGGAGCUGAUAAGGUCCUAACAUCUUGCUCCUGAGUUUCAACAGUUGAACUGCAUGGGUGUUCUUACUCGAUUACUUUUCUCAGAUCCAAUGGGGCACACAAUGCUAUAAACAUGUAUUUAUGUGUGAGAGUUCAUGAGCCACUCUCUUUGAGCCUGUAUAAUUUCUCACAAGGUUUAGCCGACUCACGAUGUGACAUUCAAAAUUUGCCUCUGUAGUAUCGACUUGAUCAUCCAAGCGUGUUUGUGUGCCACCAAAAGUCACAGGAAUGAUUAGGUAUCCCUCCUAGAAGUGGGUUAUCUCAAGAAAUUUGAGAAAGUAUCACUAGGGCACCAUUAUGCUCAACAUUCAUUGAUUUAUAUGAUAUGCAUUCUAACAAA